GACGUCGUUGAAAAGCUCCAUCCUUACGCAAAUAUUGCUUGGCGAGUCUUGAGUUCGGCGUAUCAAGCCAUUCAAGGACAGAUCGAGAGAGAUGACGCACUUCGUGAUCUCGUUGAUUCUAUGGUUGAUCUCUAUUCGUUCGUCGAUGAUGUCGAUGAAUUGGAAAACAAAAUUAAGUCUCUCGAGCGCGUCAUUAUCCGAGUCUCUGUCCAAAUGACCGAAUGCGGUAUUUUCAUUAAGCAGUAUGUGUCCCAUGGGUUCGCAGGUAAGCUG